AUUCGUUCCGCCCAGAGUCCGGGCCGAGUGAAUGGGGCUCGGGCGGCGGCGGCGGCGGCAGCAGCAGCAGGGAUAAAGAUGUUGUCCCUGAAAAGGGGGUGGGGGUGGGUGAGGAGCGGGAAGAGGGGCCAUUCACUCCUGGCCCGGCCCCUCGGGAAGCCUCUGCGAAGAAAGAGGGCCAGGGUCUAUUCAAGCCCUACGAGCCGCCCACAAUGGGCCGAUAUACUGGGGGCCUCUCUAUUAACGCCCAUGAAUAUUAAAGAGAUCGCCGAGCGACAGCCCGCGGGCGCGAUCAAGGGGGCGGGGGCGGUGCUUUGCAGCUCCGACCCAGCCGGGUCCAUGGGAGGGGUCUUCGCGCAGGCACACUCGGCGCCUGGGUCCCAGAGACGUGGUUCCUUCACUGUGAACCCGCAGCAUUUCUUCUCGAAGCCUCCAAGCAAACAGAUGCGCGCUCACAGGCCUUACUGUUCGAUCCCGGUGGGCAGUCCUCCCUGCAGGACUGGAUUUUGAGGGUGCAUAGGGCCAGGUGGGACUAUCACUAGGCCAGAAGCUCAAAAUGAGAGCGCAGCAACUACAUUCCAGGUCCGUGGGCACCCCAGCUAGAAGGCUGUUUAGGCUCCUCCAGCAUAGUUUCCCCAGGUUUUGGGGGACCUGAGGAAAGUAAUGAGGGGGUCCUGGUCUCAGUCAGAGCCUUCGGUCCUUCUGUCUUUUGACUUCAAUCUUGGGAUUGGAACGAAAAUUCGCCCCAGGCAUGAAGGACUCUGGGACCUGGGAGAAUUUCACAGUAGAGUGUAGCGAGGGAAUUGUUAAGAAUCCUGCUCAGCGCCGGGGAAAGCCAAACGAUCUGAUCCGAAGAGCGACAGGCUGGGAAGACAGCACAGCACAUAGUUCAACUCAAACCACUGUCAGGCAGGAGCCCAGAGGUCCGGAGAAGAGAAGGGCUGUCCCCAGGAUGCUCUGCUGUCUUCCGUUCCCUUUAGUCUGCCGCAAACGCUGAGGAAGGCUUUCGGGGUUGGAGGCUGAGUGCCCCAGUCCUGGCAUUCUUCUGCCCAGCUCAGUCUCCUCUCCACUUAGAUCCAGGCGCCGGUCAGGCUCUCUUGCCACCGAGCCAUUGGAUUCCAUACUCCUCUCCAAACUGGACCUCUCCGCGAAAGGAUUUAACUCACCGGCGGCAUCUGUAAGGAACUCUUACCCGCCGGCAGCCCUUGCUCCUCUGCAGCGCUGCCCUCUGCUGGCGCCCUGCCCGUUGGUCCCUCUCCCGGCCCGGUACACCCACUCUCCACUGGGCUCCAGAGGUUCUGCUUCGGAAGACUUCCUAUCGCCGGCUUGGCGCUUUAGUCUCCCGCCUGCCGGGCUGAGGAUGCCAGACCACUGGCUCCGACUAGGGCUUAUAUAGACCUGGGAUCCCAUGGUUGCCAAGAGCGAGGCAAGCUUAGCUCUGAGGAGCUGGUGAUGGAAAGGGUUCUUUUCCUAGCGGCAUUAGAAUCUGAUUCGUGGGUCAAAUCUCAGUCCCGAGCUGCCAGCGCUAUCCACGCCCAAGUCACAGGGCUUCGAAGGCCUGAAGAGUCUUCACUGUACAGUGGAGCCCUAACACGGGAACUCACACAAACCAGCCUCCAGGGCUGCGGAACUUUCCUUUGCGUCACCUGAAAUUGCAGCGGGAGUAGGGGAGGGGGCUCUGAGGACUUAGGCUGUUGAGUGAGGUGUGCCCAAAGCCGCUCCAACGUUUCUGGAGCUGAAGGUGUGGGGGCAGUCUUAAGGCUAUCCAGGAGACUUCGGUGCACACAGGAAGCCGUGAUCUUCCCGACUUAGCAACUGUUUCUGAAGAGGUGUGGAGCUGGCUCCCAGCCACCCGCCGCCCACCCUUCCCGCACCCCUCCUGGUAUCCACCCUUGUCUCCACCCGCGGACUUCCAGCCCUCCGUGCUGCCUCUGCCAUCUCUGCAGAUUUUGUGAAUCUCCGGUUUGGCUCCCUGUCUUCCCAGCCAUCUCUUGCCACGCACUCCCCAGUGCACCCUCCUCCUGCUCCUCUUCCUCCUCCUCCCUCGUGUUGUGUCACCCUCCUCUCCUUUCAUUCCUUUGACCCCUCUUCGUUGCCCACCUCUCCGGAGUCCACCUAGCCGUCCUUCGGCGCCCGCGGCGAGCCCUCCGCCGCCCAUGAUGGGCUCUGUGCUCCCAGCUGAGGCCCUGGUGCUCAAAACAGGGCUGAAGGCUCCGGGGUUGGCGCUGGCAGAGGUCAUCACCUCCGACAUCCUGCACAGUUUCUUAUAUGGCCGAUGGCGCAACGUGCUAGGCGAACAGCUGCUGGAAGACAAGAGCCACCACGCCAGCCCAAAAACGGCCUUCACGGCCGAGGUCCUGGCGCAGUCCUUCUCAGGAGAGGUGCAGAAGCUAUCUAGCCUGGUGCUGCCGGUGGAAGUGAUUAUCGCUCAGAGUUCCAUCCCAGGCGAGGGCCUUGGCAUCUUCUCCAAGACGUGGAUCAAGGCAGGCACGGAGAUGGGCCCCUUCACUGGCCGCGUCAUUGCCCCAGAGCAUGUGGAUAUCUGCAAAAACAACAACCUCAUGUGGGAGGUAUUCAACGAGGAUGGUACAGUACGCUACUUCAUCGAUGCCAGCCAGGAAGACCACCGAAGCUGGAUGACCUACAUCAAGUGUGCCCGGAAUGAGCAGGAGCAGAACCUGGAGGUGGUCCAGAUAGGCACGAGCAUCUUCUACAAGGCCAUAGAGAUGAUCCCUCCAGACCAGGAGCUGCUGGUGUGGUAUGGAAAUUCCCACAACACCUUCCUGGGCAUCCCAGGUGUGCCAGGCCUGGAGGAGGAACAGAAGAAAAACAAGCAUGAGGACUUCCACCCGGCGGACUCCGCGACCGGCACCGCGGGCCGCAUGCGCUGCGUCAUCUGCCACCGCGGCUUCAACUCGCGCAGCAACCUGCGCUCGCACAUGCGUAUCCACACGCUGGACAAGCCCUUCGUGUGCCGCUUCUGCAACCGCCGCUUCAGCCAGUCGUCCACGCUGCGCAACCACGUGCGCCUGCACACGGGCGAGCGUCCCUACAAGUGCCAGGUGUGCCAGAGCGCCUACUCGCAGCUGGCCGGCCUGCGCGCGCACCAGAAGAGCGCGCGCCACCGGCCGCCCAGCACCGCGCUGCAAGCGCACUCGCCCGCACUACCCGCGCCCCACGCUCACGCGCCCGCGCUUGCCGCCGCCGCCGCUGCCGCCGCCGCGGCACACCACCUGCCGGCCAUGGUGCUGUGAGCGCCGCGCACGCGCCCCACGCGCACGCGCCUCCCAGCCGCCUCCGCGACGGACCCGACCCCCCGCGCUGCGCGCCGCUGAGGCACCGGCUACCCGGAACCCACUCCUGAUCCGUCUUGCAGAGGAGGACGCCGAGGGGCGACGUCCCCUUUGCCCAGGCCACCCGGCUGGUGUGGCUGCUGCCCUGUCCUCUCUUCUUGAGAGUCGGUCCCCACGCCCGGCCCCAUCUCGGAGUGUCCCUCCUGCAGGGCCGCGUCUCCACGCGGACAUCUCUGUCCUAGAUGACAGGAGAGGGGGAACAGACGAUCUCCAAAGAGAGCUGAGUAGUUGGGAGUGGAAGAGAGAGCUACCUCCUUGGCCCAGAGUGGGCUUGGGGAGGGCAAUGCUUAUCUCUGCCUCCUGGGAAUGGUGUCUUGAUGUGUCACGAGUGGAGGGAAUGACGUUGACCCUUGGCUGUGAUUGGAGCCCUAAAGUGAUUAGCACAGACCGGGAGAGACCUGAUCAUUCGGGGGGCCCUGCUUUCCUUCAGGCUACUUUCCCUAGCCUCCAGCUCCCAGGGAAGGACAAGACGACAAUAUAUUUUUUGAAGUGUGCUGGGCAGAUUGAGAGUGGAGUCACAAGAGACAUUUACCACAGCCCGUGGGCAAGACCCUGACCCUUUUGGGGCUUCAGUUUCCCCAUCUAUAGAACGCAGUAAUUAGAUCAGUGCUCCCUCUCCUAAAUCUCUCCUGUCUUCUGAGUUUAGGAAUGGAGAGGCACUCUCACUUCCAUCCUAUUAAGUCCCCAAACAAGAGAAUGAGCGACCAUACGGGGCUGUCUGGAGCCGAGGUUGGCUUCUCCGCCCAGAAAGUUUGUCUGAGGUGCGCGGAGGGCCCCCAGGUUUCUUCCCCACGAAGCCCACAUUCCCACGCGCCUCUGCCCACGCCGUUCCCUGAUCUGUCCGUGGGCGCCCUCUGGUGUCAUUUCAAACCUUGUCAUUUACCAGAAUUCUCGUCCCCUCCAAUACACACACACACACACACACACACACACACACACACACUCCAUCCAAACACCAGGGCGUUUGUAAUAAUAAUUAAAAAAACCCACAAAACUAUAAUAAUAUUAACAAAAAGUAUAACAUGUAUAGAGUUUUCAAGAAAGUGUGUUCUACUCCCAGAAAACAGUCACUUUAACUUUGUAAAUGUUUAUCUAAGAUGAUAUUUACGAAACUGUGAUAUAUAUUAUUUGAUUGUAUAUGUAAACUGUAAAUACAUUUGUACUUCUCUUGUAUUCUAAAAUAAAAAUUACUUGGAACAUGUA